GUAGCCCACCUUCCCCCUCUCAUAAACCGGCCACAAGACAGCCGCGUGUGUCUUAAAACCACCAGGACUAGAAAGUACUCAGGGUAAUGUUAGUUUUCAGCUGCUUAUAGUCAACCCAGACGUUUCUACCGAGUCCUCUGCGUAGCGAGGAAGACGAGGAGCGCCUCAAUACACUGCACCCGAUUACAGAUAAAUAAGACGCGAUGCCUCAGAAACAUAAGUCCCCCCGCUCCUGGACGGAGUUGAAACAAGCUGGAAAUGAAUGUUUCAAGACGGGCCAGUACGGAGAGGCCACCAAUCUUUACACUCAGGCCAUCAAAGAGCUGGAGAAGUCCAGUAAAAAUAACCCGGAGGAUUUGGGCAUUUUGUACACAAAUCGUGCAGCCGGCUACCUGAAGGACGGCAACUGUUCAGAAUGUGUGAAAGACUGCAAUAAGUCUCUGGAGUUGUACCCGUUCAACAUAAAGUCUCUCCUCCGUCGCGCCGCUGCUUACGAAGCUCUGGAGCGCUACAGACACGCGUACGUCGACUACAAGACCGCUCUGCAGAUCGACUUCAACAUCGCAGCGGCUCACGACGGCACCAACAGGAUGACGAAGGCGCUGACAGAAGAAGAUGGUCCUUCAUGGAGAGAAAAGCUUCCUCCCAUCCCCACCGUUCCUCUGUCGGUCAGAGAGAAACUGUUCCAACAAUCUGCAGGAAGCCCCGUACAACCGAACCAAGAACAACCUGCACCGCAGCAGAACGGCACCACAGAAACAAAGAAACCUGCUACCAGCGAUAAGGACAUCAAGAGAGGCCAGGCGCUCAAAGACGAGGGGAACGCCCUGGUGAAGAAAGGAGAGCAUAAAAAAGCCAUAGAGAAGUACAGCCAGAGCCUCAAACACAACCCCAACGAGGUCACUACCUUCACCAACCGGGCGCUGUGCUACUUGGCAGUGAAGCAGUACCGAGACGCCGUCAGAGACUGUGACGAGGCUCUGGUGAUUGACAGCAGCAACGUGAAAGCUCUCUACAGGAGGGCUCAGGCUCACAAGGAGCUCAAGGACACAAAAACCUGCGUGGAGGACCUGAACCGUCUCCUCAAAGCGGAACCAAAGAACUCGGCGGCCAUGAAGCUGCUGCAGGAGGCGCAGCAGCAGCAGCAGCAGCAGCAGCAGCAGCCGCAGAAGCAGCAGCAGAACCAGCCGCAGAAGCAGCAGCCGCAGAAGCAGCAGAAGCAGAAGAAGAAGAAGUGAUGAAAACGUCGCGGACUCCGGAGACGGCGGUAAGGAUCUGUCACUACACUGCCGGCAGAGGAGGAGAGAGGAACACAAAUCUGAUGGGUUUUUUUUUGGUUGUUAUUUUAAUAAGAGACAAAUGACAGAAAACAGCCGAGCGGGUGGCACGAUUCGACCGCUCUGAGUCCGUGUGGGAUGUGUUUUUUUUCGACUCUCGCUGGAACAAACGUGAGCUCGGGUCUCGAGACGCUUCUCGGGAAACGCAGCUCCGGUUGGUGAGAGUCGAAAAUUGAAAUCAGAAAGAAGAAGAAGAAGAGACGCCACCAUUUUCAACCCUGAGAUUUUUCGCAUUUUUACCAAUUUUACUGUUUUCACCGUCAGUUGUAAGUCGCUGAGUAUCUGAGAGCUGAAAUUAUCAACAAAAGCAUUAAAAUUCAUUGUGAGAGUAAACCUUCACCACCUCCAAUCAGAGUCAAGCGUUCAGCAGGUAAUCAGACGUCAUGUGGAGCUCAAAGCUGGACGCCACAAAUUAAAAACAGUCAUUCUCAACCUUCAGAUCAGCACGUGUGACAAAGUAAUCACAGCUUGAAGUGAAGUUAUUAGGUUUUUCUGAACCACGACGAAGGUUUCACAAUAAAUACUAAAGUCAUAAUAAACAACUGUACUGUAAAAUUAGGGCUGCAACUAGCAAUAACUUUGAUUAUUCAUGUAACGGCUGAUUAUUUUCUUUAUUGUUUCUUAUAAAAUGUUAUAAAGCAGUGAGUUAGUCAAAUAAAAGCAGCAAAUCCAGUUAAUGUUGAGAUUUUUUGCUAUAAAAAUGACGAUUAGGUUCAUAUAUUUUUUUCAGGUUUAUCUAAAUACAUGGUGCUGAUUUAAUUCUUCAUUCAUGCUGCUGCAAAACAAAACAUCCUUUCUUAAAGUAAUAUUAGUCUAAGUGAUGGUGAAAGUCAGUCCUCAUUACAUUAUUAACCCUUACAUACUGUUCAAGCUUUAAAGCUGUAAAAAAAAAAAAACACUUUAAAAACAUUUAUUUUAAGCCAGACUUUUCCUAAUGUGACCCACAGUUUACAACAAUGGGAAUGUGCAGUUGAUACACAUUUUUAUAUAUGCAAAUGUAUUAAAAGUUAAAAAAUCAGCAUUCAAACAUGUUGCUGUAUCCAUCAUAUUCUAUAAAACAGUGAAGUAGAAUGCCUUUUUCCCCCAUAAAAUGAAUCAAACAGAAGGAUUAAACCAAUAUUUUAAUGACUGAUGGAGAAUUAAUAAUUCAAUAAUAAAGUGAAAUAGUGUAGAGACUAAUUAAUGAGUCAGAAUAUGAACAGUAUGUAAAGGGUUAAGUUUAGAUGAUUUUAAUAUUAUAUAUAGUCCAAGUUAAAAAGUCUUUGUGGCACCAAAUGUAUCCCUAAAAGAAUAGUUUGCUGCAGCUCCCAAUGCAGGUAGAUUUAAUAAGAUACCAAAAGUGACGUUUUGAGCUUAAUGCGCCUCUUCAGACGGUCUGAAAUCUACCUGCAUUAGGAGCUGCAGUGGAAACAUAAAAACAAACUUUCAUACUUUUAAAAAACAAAGAUCAUAACUUUUGGAAGAUGCUCACUGAAUUAGUUUGACGCCUUCACUCUUAAAAAAGAAAUGAGGAGGCACAAUAACAGCAACCAAUAACCCCAAAAUAUGAGUCAGUGUUGUCUUAAGAUAAACUUUUAAAUAAAUAUGAACCUAUCUGUUUCCCCUUUUUUACAACUUAUGUUCAAAAUAGUUUGUUUAAAAGUUAAUUAAAGCUAAAUUUAAUCACUUAACCGACCUAUCUAAACUAGUUUAAGGUUCAAAUUACAAUCUGACCAUUUUAUUCUCACUUCAUAAUCUACACUCAGGUAGUUCACUUAUUUAUCCUUUGUUUGUUUAUUUUGUUUCCUGUUUUGUUUUGUUUAGUUUUUGAGUCUGUGUGAAUAAUGUGUCUCAUAGGAUUGAUAUUUAUGAUGGUCGUGCUGCGUUCAAGUCAUACAGGACGGAUGUUAGAUGGCAAAUGUGGGUUAUAUUACCUUACAUGGCUGAAAUGAGGCAUCCUUAUGACUCUAUUUAGGCCAAGUUAGAGCUUUUAUUUGUUCCUCUAGUCAUCACAACUCUGAUAUGACAUGAACGCAGCGUUAAUCUCAAGUUAUUUGCCUCUUUUCCCACUAAAAAUAUACAUUUGUGUGGUUUUGUUAACAUCAUCGCCGUCCUUUUAAAAUCCAGAGCUGUUCUUACCUUCUGUUCAGACAUCCGAGUCGCUCCACUGACAGGUUUUAUGUUCUUUUUUUUCUUACUUUUUAAGAUCAAACUAAGCGCUGUCUCACUCUGUGACGAUGCUGUUUUUCACGUCGCUUUCAUAUCAGUGUGGAGAAAAAAAAGAAAAAGAAAAAGUGAAGUCUCAUCGUACAAUCCAGCUGUAGCUUUCCAAAUUUCCAUCUUUUCUAAAGUGCCUGUCCUCUUCCUCCGUCUGCUGCUCUGGACAGUUUCAAAUAGUUAAAAAAAAAAAAGAAAAAAGUUGCACCUCCUCCUCCAGAUUUGUGUGUCAUGUUUUUCAUUGCAGGGACGCUUUUCUGAAGCUGCGACCACAGCCUGACAUCUUUUUGUUUUUCUUUUGUUUGUUUGUUUUAACUCACUUUUUUUUUUUUUUUGUAAUUAUGUUGGUUGAUGUCGACCUGCUUCUGUUUCAACUGCAAAUGAAUAAAUAAACAAAUGA